AUGCGAUUGUGCGUCGGUUUUAUGUUGCUGUUGUGGAUUUGCUCUCUUUGUUACAACGGAGAAGGAGUCCCUGGAGAUUCAAUCCUGCGAAAGGCAAGAUGUUAUGCAAACUGCCUCACCCGGGUAAGUUUAUUCCAAAAUACUUCACGUCGAAGAAACCGCACUAAGUACUCUUAAAGUUUGAAAUGAGUUUUUUUUUUCCAUUAAAACUCGACGGCUUUAAUUCGACCCUGUAUAAGUCAGAGUUAAUCGUAUCUCAACUUCACAUUGUAGCUUUGACAAUACCUUGUCAUGCUUAUGCCUUUAAAACGUUCAGUGAUAAUUGAACCAAAGAAACUAUCGACUAAUGUCAAAUAAUUUCUAGCGUCUUUAAAAAUUUCACGCAACAGAAACAAAACGAUUUUAACGAUCGAAAAUAUAAAAAAAUUGAUUGGCAGCUAACAAGGCAAAAUCAAAUCCAGUUCUUCUAUUUUAAAGGCAAGACGAUUGAGUUUCCGACCGGAAAAGAUAAUAAAAUAAAGAAUGCAAACUUCGUGUGCUGCAAAACUUCAUGACCGUUGUUUAAUGAAUAGCGCUGAACCGAAAAAUCUGUUUUUCUGUACACGAUUUUUAUGAAUCAAAGCUUUAACCAUGGAACACUGGGGCGAUUCUUUCGGUAAAAUAAAUGUUACAUUUGCAUUUUUUGCGGUGUAAUUAAAUCGAAUUUACCUUGAGGUGAGUCUAGACCACUGUCUUUGAAAUGAAUCAUUUCAGAAUUUUUUUCGAGCGUAAGCCAUGGUUAAGUUAUAUUAUUAAUUGUUGGUCAAGUUUUGUUAUUUCGGGAAGGAAUCAACUAGAUUCUCCGUCUGAUAUCUGGUUUGCAUGAGUAAAGGCUACAAAUUGUCACCUGCAGGAGUCUUUGGUUUAAUUUUAUUUCUUAAAGAGUGAUUGCAAACGGUAAUUCAGAAUUGUAAUUGACGCAGUUCACCUGAGGCGUGCAUUUAAUCCUGCAAAAUCGAGAAACCGGAUAUACAGCAUAAUUGAUAAACUUGGCGAUUCUCACCGUUUAUCUUACCAUCAAGGAGAGAUUAAAUUGCGAACUCUAUUUUUUUGUUUGUUACUGUGCAAAGAAAACAUGAGCCCACGCUACCGUCGAAGCGCACAGGCCCAUAUCUCUGAUAUUUAGAACUGCUGUGAAAAUUCUUGUUUUUUGUAGAACAAUUUUGACACGUCCAAAGUAAUUACUUUCUUGAAGUGCAAAAUGACAAGUGUGUCUUUGUAGUUGACGAAUAUUUCCUUGUUUGACGAUAGCUGCCUUGAAUUUUACCGCUUAAGUUUACAUUAAGGUACAUUUGGUUUGCGGAAGACGUUAGUCUUCUGUUUUCUUAAAUACGCGGGUUGAAUUUACAAAUGGUUUCUUUCAUUUCAGUCAACAAAUGCUUGGCAAAAAUACUCACAUAGUCUUUGGUGUGUGUGCGAACUUUACUGAAAGUAGAUUUAACCUUAAGAGCGACAAAAUAAUUAAAUUAAAUCCAAUAAGGACGAUUUGAAUAAAGCUAUGCUUACAGCAUUUGACAUGAUAACAAAAGGGACCCUCAGUGUAAUUCUAGCUUUUUACCUUCAUCUGUCGCUUCGUUUAAAUAAUUAACAACAGAAAACGAUCUAAAAGCAAAUUUCACUCGAAAAGAAAUUAUCAAUUUUAUUCUUUUACUGACAGAUGAGACCGAUAAAUAAAAAUUGCAAAUUUAAUUUGCGUUUUAUAAAAACAUUUUGACGAGGCAACAUAACAAAAAGUCGACAAAUAGGAGAGGUCGACGACCCGUGCUUAGUAGCCUUGGGAGAAAACUGAAAUUCUGCGUUAAGUUACAGCUGAGAAAGAGGUUGAAACAGAGUUUUUAGUUUGUUUUUUUUUUGGGGAAAAUUUAAGUAUUGUUUUGACAUGAUGUAGUUUAAUUAGUUUAUACGUCUUGGUAAGAAAUGAUUUCCUUAACAAUAAGGUCUCUAUAGCUACGAUAUCCUUUAGAAUUGUAACUAAACCUAUUUCUCUUUUCGUUGAAGAAAAAUCUAUCAUUCACAUUCAGUGGAAUUUUCGAUUAUUUGCCUCUAGGAGAAUAGCACCCGAAAACCUAUCAUUUCCGGUUCAUGGCCAUGUUCGAGUGAUUUCUGCGCGUCAACAAAGGAUUUUCCGCUUCUAAUCUUUUCAAUCCCUUUAUAUCUUGUGUAUGGAGAAGCAAUGUUGAGCCAAGAUCUGCGUCGAAGGGCUCUUCGAUCAGAUGACGCAGUGGAAGCAAUAACCCGAUUAAAAUUUUGAGACUCUUGAAGAGCUUCGUCAACGCUUGUGCAUCCUGUAGAAUUUAGAGUGCACUUUAUACAUUAAUUUUUUUCGGAGGGUAGAAAUUGAAUGUAAACUGCAAGCCCUUAUAGAUUUCUGUAAGGCCUCGAUUGAAACCAACUGUUAUGGUGAGAAUUUGUACCAAGGACCGACCAACUUCGGUUUGAGUUUUUUGAUUAAAAGCUUUUCGAAUGAUAAACAAUCAAACCUACUUUGAAUUUCUCAGAAUCUUAAAGAGGCUUUUAUUAAGAUCGACUCUACCGUGCUCUAUGGUGAGAUGUUGGCCAAUUGCCGAAUUCUUGUGAAUCAGCAGUGCGUUCUUUACCACUUUUCAUGUGAACUGACUCAAUACGUGCAAAACGUUUUGUUUAGUUUUAAGUUAUUUACCUGUAUUGUUGUGAAAAGUUUUUAAUCAGUACCUAUUUGUUUUUUUAGUAUUUAUAGCCUUACAAUCUUGUCAUUUUUUGUCUUAAUAAGGACGUAAUGUUGACGUCGAAACGUUAAGUAUUUUAUCGCAAAUUUAUAUAGUUAAAUACUGCUAAUUCCAAUGAUAAUAAUAAUGAUAAUGAUAAUGAUAAUAAUAAUGAUAACAAUAAGAAACAUUAAUCGACCACUCCCCCAAUGGCCUGGGGGUUUUCAGGGCCAAUAUACUGUUAUAGGCGAGACUUUGGGACUUCAAGUAAGUAAGACAUGACACACACAUGCCUGAAUGCUUAAAAAACAUUUUGACGAAAAACACUUAAAAUGUUUUUCUAAUUUCUACUAGAACGGGGUUAAGAACGAAUCAGAGACUUCUUGCCUGACACAGGCCUGUAAAGAGGUGAGUAUUCUUGUUCAUUUAAAACCCUGCGAUAAGCUAAAACCGUAUGUCCAAUACAUUAUUGAGUUUUCAAAACGGCGCGUUCGGAUAAAACGCACAAAGUAGUACAAAAUCUGAUAAAGGACACUUGGCAACACCUCGCCCGAGUCGGUCCGAAGGUGUUGUCACGUAACAAGGUUUGGUUACCGACCAAUUAUUUCAAGUAAAAGUGAGAUAAAAAAUGAUUUACAAAAAUCAGCCCAGGCUUGAAAAGCAGAUUCCCUUCGUCUCUUGCCGAAUGUUCAUUCUCGGUUGAUUUUUCUGCUACCAGUAUAAUAUUUCAAUGUACCAGGGGCAUGAAGAUCUUUCUGACUAUAUAGUUCAUUUUCAAAUCAAUGAUGAUUUUUCUUCUAGUGUCUUGCACCUUGUAACGCGAAAAGGACAUUUCCAGACGAGAACUCAUGCAAAGCAAGCUGUGUAAGUAGCAUUCUCGUUUCCACAUCCAUUUAUAAAUGUUUGUGAUAUCUCUGAAUUUCUUGUUUGUUGAACACCGAAAUAAAACUGAUUGGCACCUCGACAAAAAUGAAAUUCACAACCGUUCAAUGGGAGCGAAGAGCGAAUUUUAGCCCUUCAAAGUAACUGGGUUAUGAUUCUUGUGUUAGGUUCUAAAGGGCUCUUGGACCGAGAGUGCCUGGUGCGAUUAUUGUUAUGUGCUAAUAGUAUCUCUUAUUACUUUUGAUCAUGAAUGGGUCCUUGCGAAGUUUCCGGGAAAAUGAGACGUAGAGGGAUGGUGAGUGGAGGAACCUUCACUAGACUAGCAACCCAUUUAGGAUGAUCGUUUAUACAGUAGUGUUUAAAGCCAUCGGUAUCUCAUUGCAGGAUUGUGCGUUGUGUAUUUGGAUUACAACGCUUUUCUGAAGCUUUAGUGCUUAUAACUGGAAAGAGUCGUAUUCCGUUAGCACCUCCCAGAAUUUUCUCCAUUUUCCGUGAGUUAGACUCUUUUCACUUUUGUGAUGAUACCAACAUAAACAAUCAUCAUGAAACUUAUAUAACUAAUGACAGGGCUCUCUUACCCACUUUAGAAUGUGCACUAUGAACUUUUACCUCAACGGCCUAAUCUAAUAUUUAUAUUUUUAUUUCAGAGCAACGCCAAUAGUUGUUUAGAUAGUUGUGAAUUCCUGACAUGGCUGAAGAAUUUCCAGUCCUUAUCUAAUGGUGAUGGAUCCUUACUACCAGUUCCUGGGCCACUAAAUGUGACAAUUUUGAAUUUCACAUCACUCUCCUUACAGUGGUCACAUGUCCUAAACUCAAAUGGUACUCCUGUUUACUUAGUUGAAAUAACUUUUGAUGGUGAGGAAUCCAGAUUAGGUCCGUUCUAUCCGAAUCAGGUAAUUUUAAUUUCUAUUUGCGACAAUCAUUGUCCUUCUCACUAAUUCAUGUUCAGGACUCUAGGCACUGUGCUAUAGAGCCCAAAAACCGAGUCUAAGGUCCGCGCUGUAGGCUAAGGAGCGAAGCGCGCUGGCCAUAAAUCCGAGCGAAAAAAAAAAAAAAACUUACUGUGCGGACUGAGAAAACGAAGAUAGUAAUGUAGUUAUUGUAUCUCUAGGUUCAAAUAGAGGGGGGUGAUUUCAAUUAAAAAAAACUUUUGAACUAAGAGGGCAGUACUGUAAAAGACAGCCCACUAAAUUGACAAGUUUAUCAACUCGACCAAUUUACCAAUCAUAGCACAUGUUCUAACUGAGAGAUCUAUUAUGAUUUGAUAUUGAUACUUCGGAAAGGAUUGUGGGAGUCUUAGUUCAACACGAAAUUAUGCUAUUUUUUCUAAUCAAUAUUAAACAAAAAUUAAUUAGAAAGUUAAAAUGAUUUAUGCUUUAAAUAUUCGCUGGGAAGCAUUCAAUAUGCUUUAAAAACAAGAACAAAACUGGACUGAACAAAUGGAGGAACUAAAAUCAUUAGCGUAAAAGUCCCAUUUAAAUUUUCUUGUCGAUAUGCAUUUUGGGAAGAGUCCAUUACCUGAUGAGUUUCCUCACAAUAAAGUUGUAUCAUUAUCAUCAUUAGUAUCAUAACUGUUAUUAACAAGUAGAGCGCUUUUCAACUGAUUGUCGUAAAAAAAACAACAAAAGAAUUUCAGCUGCAAAUCAUACGAAAGGAAAAUGUCCUUAGUGCCAAUGAGAACUCAGAGUAAGAAAGAGCUAACCAGGCAAAACGCGGGAAAACGCGAGCGACCAAGUCGAGAUUGGUGUUAGUUUUGCAUCUGAUUGGUUGAUAGAGUGGCACGAGUUUUCUGGACCAAGUAAAGCAAAACCAAAGAAAUCCUGGAUUACUUUUGACACUAAAUUGAAAAUUACUUUAAUUAUCCUCAAUGCUAUCCUUGUUGAUAUUUUCUUCCACCGUGUUCAGCUGAGACUGUUCAUUUUCUGAUUCAUGAAAUUUAACGUUUCUUUUAUCUUUAAUUUCCUUCUUUCGUCAAACUUAUAUUUCGAGAAAUAAUAUUCUUUUUGUUUUUAUUUUCUUUUUUAGGUCAUCGUCGAGUCAAAGGUGAUGCUCACCUUUAAUCACCCGUGUAACUUUACUCCAGAUAUAAACCAGCGCGCUGAGUUCAAAGAUAUUAAUUACUCGUUUAGAGUUGCUGUUCUGACAGAAAACUCUUCUUUAAGCUACGGAAUCAAGUCAAAUAGCAUCGGUAAGUGAAAACAAAUGUUUAGGCCACUACGGGAGCGAAACCCAUGUCGUGGGUUCAACUCCCAUUCAGGGAGAAUUUUCGUAAUAUCGCCCAUCUUUCCGCUGAAUCGUUUACACCGUUCAGUGGAUAACACAAAAUAUAAGGUACUGCCAUUUUAAUUUUUAAAUGUUUUAAGGUCCAUCAUCUGCUAUUUGGUGUCCUUCUUCAUGUUUUCUAAAGCCUCUCAUUGACGUGGGCCGGAGUCUUAAAUCUUCGAAUCUGAUUUGGAAAUCAAGCGCUCGUAACCGAACCAGCUUUUUAUAAUAACGACCAAAGUGUGGAUUUUUUCCACACCAUACGCAACGACGCGGAACAGUAAACCGGCAGAAAGAUAAAAACAUGUUAUUAAUCAUAACCAUUACAAUUUCUUCAAACAUGAUUGGUGGGUUAGCUGCUUUACUUUUUACUACUCAUUCCACAGAGUUGGACAAUGUAAUCGGACAGUUGACUGUAAUCGAACACCUGUAAACGGACAGUUGAAGUAACCAAUCAAACCAAGUCCACUCAGCCAAAUCCACCAAUCACAGAAUUAAUCACAAUAACCAUAGCAACAACCACUUAUCCUAAAAAAAAUUAAGGAAUUUCCAAAAUGGAGAAAUUUUUUUCCUUCAGACAUUGUCUCUACCAGAGAUAUUUGACCUAAAUGUAUUUGUUGCUUUCGGAAAUUGCAAAGGUUAUGAUUAAUUGGUAACAGAACUUCUUGUCGUCCAAUUCUGUCUGUAAUCACGAGUAUGAUUACAGACCGAAUUGGAUUCCUCUCGGUCCUAUUACCAUUAUUUAUCGUCUAGGUUGGUACGUAUGGAAAAAAUACUGUGCAGUUUUUCUCAUACAGACCUCCCACUCAGUAGAUAAAAUAAGUUUACUUUUCCAGAGAUUGUCUUAUACUCGAUCAAAUCGCGUUCCAUUUUGGAAAAGCUUUUACUUAGCUUUAUCAAAUGUCUUUCUUUAUUUGUACCAGCCUUCCCAGAGCCAGAUCCAGUAACAAACGUGACUCUGGAUAGCCUAGUGUACGUUGGUAACCACGAUGGAAAUAAAUUACUGAUGACAUCUUCUUGGAAAGCACCCAAAGGUUGA